GAGCCGGCCCACAUAAAAAAAAAGGAAAAAAAAUCUUCUCAAAACCGCUCGUUCCUCUUCCCCUCCGGUUUCUUCCUUUAUCCCUCUCCGUCCCUAGUUUCGGAAGCCCUAGCCCUAACCCUAACCCUAACCCUAACCCUAGUUUUUCCGGGGUUCUUGGGAGCUUGAUCUCGUGGCCGUUUCCCUGCCGGAAAAGGGCCGGAAGACGGAUCGGGCCCGGUAAUUCGCGUUCUUCUUCCCCGGAUUUGGCGGAGGAGGCCGCGGGGGAUUUCGAUCUGCGAUGGGAUGCAAUUCGAUCGAGGAUUACUGGAUCGAUGGCGGAGGGUCGGAUGGAGAGUUGCGCUGCGCUCUAGAGAGUUUCUGCGAUUUGGCUCCGACAUCCGGUGAAAAUUUUAACAGAAUUGGGAUUCAAGGGGCAUGCAUAGAUGUUUGCAGUCUUGACCAGGCCAGCUCGCGCAAAAGGGUAAGAGAUGAAUCAUGUUCAGGACCCAAGACUAAAGCGUGCCGUGAGAAAAUGCGGCGGGAUAGGCUAAAUGAUAGGUUUUUGGAAUUGAGUUCCAUCCUUGAUCCUGGUAGGCCUCCGAAGUCUGACAGAGCCAGUAUUUUGAGCGAUGCGGCUCGUGUAUUGGUACAGUUAAGAAGUGAAGCACAACAACUUAAGGAAUCAAAUGAAAAUCUCCAAGAAACAAUUAAAGAUCUAAAGGUGGAGAAGAAUGAGCUUCGGGAUGAGAAGACGAGGUUGAAGGCAGAUAAGGAGAGAUUAGAGCAACAAGUCAAGGCCAUGAGCGUGCCUCCAGCAGGAUUUUUGCCACAUCCAAUUUCAUUCCAUGCUGCUGCUGCCCCUGUUGCAUAUGCUCCGCAUGGUCAGGCUCCAGCAAACAAAGCUGCCUCCGUUACUGCAUUCCCUGGUGUGGCCAUGUGGCAAUGGUUGCCUCCUGCAGUUGUGGAUACCACACAAGACACCAAGCUUUGGCCUCCCAAUGCAUAGGCAGUCAAAGAGCAGCCAUUGCAUCAUUUUGCUGACUGUUCUUUUGCUUCAUUUUUCUCUUGUGCUAAAUUUUAGUAUGUAUAGUCUCUAAUGGGAGUUCAUGUGGUCCGCUUGUGGCGUAGUUAUUAUGCGGCAGUCUAAAAUGAUGCUGUGACAUUUUUACUCGAUUGGUGAUUUUGCAAGGAUUAUGCUUGUGUGAGUAUUUCAAAACCCAUGCAAGCACAUUGUCUUACAGCUCUAUUACUUCAUAUUAUGGGAUUUCUGGUCCGAAACAA